AUGGCACCCCCAUCUGCAAUCGAGGCUCGGGCCGGCGACGACAUCCAAGUAAACACCACCCGCCCGGCUCCACUGGAGCCUGGCUUAGAUGUAAAGGCAGUAGAAGCACAGGCACUCAAGUUCCCUAGCCCACCUACAUUCAGCGAUCCCUACAAAGAACGGGCCUACCUCAAGGGCCGACUAGCUGCUGCCUUUCGCAUCUUUGGGAAGUUUGGCUUCGAUGAGGGGGUGGCGGGACAUAUCACAUUGAGGGACCCCGUCGACCCAAACACGUUUUGGGUGAACCCGUUUGGAAUCGCAUUCAGCUUGAUCAAGGCCUCUGACCUCCUUCUCGUCAAUGCCAAAGGCGAGGUGAUUGACGGGGGCGAAGUUCGUCUCCUGAACACGGCCGCAUACAUGAUUCACCACGCCGUGCACGAGGCACGGCCGGAUGUAAUAUGCGCCGCGCACUCGCACUCCAUGUAUGGACGCGCCUAUUGCGCGCUCGGCCGCAAGCUCGACAUCAUUACGCAGGAUUCAUGCGCCUUCCACAACGACCACGUCCUGUACGAGAGCUUCAAUGGGAUUGUGCUGGCCGCCGAAGAGGGCCAGAACAUUGCGCGUGCGUUGGGCGGGAAAAAGGCGGCCUUGCUGCAGAACCAUGGGCUGUUGACGGUGGGGAAGACUAUCGAGGAAGCGGUGUUUUGGUUCGUGAGCUUGGAGAAAUGUUGUCAUGCGCAGCUCCUGGCUGAUGCGGCGGCUGCAGGGCGAGGGGGGGAGACUGUGAAGAUCGAUGAAGAGGAUGCUGGAUACACAUACAAGGCGGUGGGAACGCCAAUGGCUGGGUGGUUCUCGGCCAAACCGAUGUUUGAUGUCAUUCACAAGGAGACUGGGGGAGAUUACUUGGAGUGA